CUCGGUUGCCAUGGAGACGCGAAUACCGGAAAUGCGGAAUUCAGGGAAGACGCGCGCGAGGGCCGUAGGCUAGAGGGCGGGCGUCACAGGUCCUGCCAGGGAAGAACUAGGCAGGUCCUGACAGGGGAGAGCUGUUUCGGCGGCACCUCUGCUAGUACUACAGACGGCUCGGUUGGGAUGGAGUCGCAAGUCGCGGGCUCCGGGGUGGGCGAGGCUCAACCAGCCGCGAGCGAAGGUCCCACACUGGGUGGCGCCACUCGGGGACCCGCAGUCCCGGUGUCCCUGGGGGCCGCCCGGUGGAAGCUCCUGCGACAGGUUCUGAGGCAGAAACACCUGGAUGACUGUCUGCGGCAGGUAUCUGUAAGAAGGUUUGAGUCAUUUAAUCUGUUUUCAGUAACAGAAGCGAAAAAAUGGGAAACUAAAGAAGAGGCCGGUGCAUGGAUCCAAUACACAAGUGUCUUUUAUCCUGAAUAUAAUAUCUUCUUAAGGUGUAAUAGUGGGUCCUUGAAUGUUGAAGAUGUUCUUACCAGCUUUGACAAUACAGGAAAUAUUUGCAUCUGGCCGUCUGAAGAGGUUUUGGCUUACUACUGCCUCAAGCACAGUAAUAUAUUCAGGGACCUUGCUGUGUGUGAGCUGGGGGGUGGCAUGACAUGCUUGGCUGGGCUCAUGGUUGCUGUUUCUGCAGAUGUCAGAGAAGUUCUGUUAACUGAUGGGAAUGAAAAGGCCAUCAGCAAUGUGAGAGACAUCAUCGCGAGGAAUCAAAGGGCUGGUGUGUUUAAGACUCAGAAAAUAUCAAGCUGCAUUUUACGAUGGGAUAAUGAGACAGAUGUCUCUCAACUGGAAGGACAUUUUGACAUUGUCAUGUGUGCUGACUGCCUGUUUCUGGACCAGUACAGAGCCAGCCUUGUUGAUGCAAUAAAGCGAUUACUCCAGCCCACGGGGAAAGCAAUGGUAUUCGCCCCACGCCGAGGGACUACUUUAAACCAGUUUUGCAAUCUAGCCGAAAAAGCUGGUUUCUCUAUCCAAAGACAUGAAAAUUAUGAUGAGCACAUUUCAAACUUCCACUCCAAGUUGAAAAAGGAAAGCUCGGAUAUAUAUGAAGAAAACCUUCAUUACCCAUUUAUGCUUAUUUUAACUAAAAAUGGGUAGAAGAUUAAGCAUCCCCAAAGAACACAUCAAACACACAGGGAAUAUUUUCACAAAAUCAGAAACAUCUAUAAUGGGUAUGAUAUGCAGCAAGCGACCGCUCCCGGAGCUUCUCAGCCCCUCAGGACCUGCCCUCCCCCACUCUGUGACAUUCCAAGCGCAGUGCGGACUCCACCUGUCCUCAUCCCCAUGACGCCCCAGCCAUUGUCACCAGCUCCCCACCCUCCUUUUUAUACUGCUUGUUACAUUUCUGUAACAAAUCCUUGUUGUCUUUAAAUAUGUAUACGCAGCCUGUCUGAGAUUUGAUUUAUGACCAACCUAAAUAUUUUUUCCUCUGAGCCAGAAUUUCUUUUUUGUGAUUCUAUCUCUCUCUCUCUCUCUCUCUCUCUCUCUCUCUCUCUCUCUCUCUCUCUCUCCCACACACACACAUACUUUUUAAAAAUGGUCUUUGUUCUGUUUGGGUGGUGGUUGUUUUUAAUCUGUAAACACAGCAAAUAACAUGAUUCCUUCCUGAUUAAAAAAAUAAAGUCCAUCUUUCUGAU